AUGGCCAGUUUCGGUGGCCCGAGGGCGCCCCCCCGCCAGGCAGCAUCCAGCUGCUGCCUGUACCCCGUGGAGCGCUCCGAGUCGCGGCCCGGGGGGCUGCCGUCCAAGGGCGAGGCCGUCCGCGCUGCCAAGGAGGCCUACGGCGAGGCCCGGGAGGUGGUCCGAGGUGCGCGGGAGGAGGCCGCGCGGGCUGCGGAGGCGCUGAAGAAGGUCGAGAAGGUGGUCGCCAAGGCGGUGCAACGCCGGGUGGCGGACUCCGAGGCGGAGGCGCAGGCCAAGCUCGAGAGGGACGUGUCGGCGGUGAAGAGGUCGGCCGAGGACCGGCUGGAGAUCGCGCUGGGCGACGGGGAGCUGGCCCUGAGGAAUGAGAUGAGAGUGCGCAUCGCGGAGGUGAAGGCAGAGUUCGAGCAGAAGAUCAAGGCCGAGCGCGAGCGCAUCUCGGCGGAGCACGCCGCGAAGAUCGAGGAUGAAGAGAAGAAGUUGGCGGAGGCAGUCGAGGCUACCAUGUGCAGCGCAAGGGAGGAGGCCGAGCGCGAGGAGGGGAAACACAACGAGCUGGACGAGUGGCGCUCCGAGAAGGAAGCGGCCGAGGAGCGGGGCCUUUCAACAUGA